ACCCCCCCCCCCACAUUCGCUAUGCGGUCGUCACUCGUUUUGCUCGCCAUUUCGGCAGCACUCUCAUCAGCAUCCAUCCUCCCACGCGCUGCCCCUGCCCCUAAUCUCCCAGCCUCUUCUUUCACAAAAUUUCAGGAACUCUCCCAGUCCGAUGCUGAGGCUGGAAAAGACCUCCCGCCUGGGGGCUUCAACACAACAUCAUCACGCUUCGGCGCCUCAUCAGGAGCAGCACAAACCGCCGCCUCGGCAGCCUGCAGCGCUGCCCCAAAUAUCCGCAUCGAAUGGCGCUCCUACUCAACCUCCGACCGCCAGGCAUUCAUCGGUGCCAUAAAAUGUCUAAUGGGCAAGCCUCCGUCUGGACAGUUCCCCCCCGCCACGAGCCGGUAUGAAGAUUUCGUACGCCUGCAUCAAAUGUGGAUGCCCAACAUCCACGGGAACCCGAAGUUCCUGAUCUGGCACCGCUACUACUUGUGGACCUUCCAAAUGGUGCUCCGCGACGAGUGCGGCUUCAACCGGGCCCUCCCGUGGUGGGACGAGACCUUGGACGCCGGGAGGUUCGCGCAGUCAGAUAUGUUUACGAGUAAUGAUUACUUUGGGCGUCUUGCCGGCGGGGGACCGUCUUGCGUUACUAAUGGUGCGUUUGCGGGGCUGACCUGUAAUAUCGGACCUGGCACGAGCACGACGACGCCGCAUUGUUUGAGCCGGAAUGUGGACGAGAGUCUGACGAGUCAGUGUAACUCCGGGUUUGUGAAUACGUGUAAUUCGCGUGGCGACUACGCGAGUAUGGAGAGCUGCUCUGAAGGAGGUCCUCAUGCCUACGGACACAACGGUAUCGGAGCCGUCAUGUCGGACGUCUCUGCCAGUCCCAGUGACCCCGUCUUCUGGAUGCACCACUCCUUCAUCGACCAUAACUUCCGCAUCUGGCAGAACCAGGACCCGGCUCGCACGACGACCAUCAACGGCAAUGACCACUUCGGUAACCCGUUGACGAUGGACACGAUCGUGACGGUGGCUGGCAUCCGACCAGAUGUGAAGAUUAGCGAUAUUAUGAAUACGAUGAGCGGUGUCAUGAUUGGCGGCCACCCGUUUUGCUACAAGUAUAGCUAUUAGGUCAGGUGUGCAUAGGAGCGAUCAUUUUGGUGUACUGUCUCCAUCGAUGUCGACAAAAUUGAUGAAAUGUGGUUAACCAGCCGGAAUAAAUGGUAAUUGUAAUUAGAACAAAUUCUAUACUUCACGCCUCGUGAGCAAUGAGUCACGCGUGCUACCCCUUCCUAAAUAAGUGUAUUCUGCC